AUGAAUGCGCCUUAUAUCCGGCUGCAGAUAGUGCGGGCGAUCGACUUGUCGCGCGCGACCACGGCGGCCAGCUUCCUGCAAUCGAUCGUGGUCGACCACAGCACGACCGCGGGCCAGUUCGUGUACGUGUCGGACGCCGGCUUGGGCAACGUGAUCGUUUACAACGUGGCCUGCGACAGUUCUUUCAAGGUGCACGUGCCGGUGGGACCGUGCGGCCAGCAGGACGUCAUGUACAUGGCACCGGUGCAGGCCGACGUGUUGGACAUGGCCGCGGGCCGUGGAACAGCCCGCUACCGACGACUGUACGUCACGUACCUCUCGUCAUGCGACAUGAUUUACAUCCCGGUGCACGUCGUCGACGAGACGACGGUCGGUCUGCCGACCGUCAACAUGGGCCGGAAGCCGUGCAAGAUGAUCGUGUUGGGCACCGACCGCGGGUCCAUCAUCUACUUCCGGACUGGCAGCGAAACCGGCGAAAUUCUCAGCUGGGACGUCAACAAGCUGUUCCGGCACGAAAACUUUAGGUCCGUACAGCGCGGUCGAAGGUCCAGGAUACCGUUGAUGGUGACCACGGGUUUCCAGGGUUACCAGUGGUCAAUGGAGAGCAAUUAUAUCGACUUCCUGAUCGGCGACAUCGGGUGUCUGGGCGUCAGCACGAGAAUCGAACCGCUGCAUAUCCGAGACGAAUACCCCGACGACCCGUGCUCGAAUACGGUACCGAUGCGAUGCAGUCCGACGACGGCGGCGGCGGAGAAAAUCGGACAGAACAGGAAAAAAAUAAAAGAAAGUGGUGAGACUUUUGGCGUCAACAAGAGACCGCCCACCUCGACAAUAGCUGUCGGGCAGGCACCGUAG